ACUUCCUCCCCAAUACGGCAAUACCGCAUGGUCUUGUCUUAAAAAACCAGCCGGGAACAAACAGGCCGACUGGCCGAGAAACGUGAAAGCAAAACGAAGCUCGCCAGUUCGAACUGCUCGGGGUUUCUAGUAUUCUGAUCCACCAGGAUUCGCGACAGACCUUAGAUUUUUCCAGGAUCUUGAAGCUUCUCUAUUUUUUGAAGAUGUAUCAUGCUGUUCCACCAUUCCUCAACUAUCGUAUGAAUGGACUUGUCUGAGAUUGUUUCAGGAUUUAUCCCCGUUUGUGCCUGACACCAUACUGCUCUUGCGUAAGGGCAGUGAAAAAAAGGAACUUUUUGCUGAUAAUCCCAUCUUAGUAGAGUACUAAGUUAGCCAUUUAACAGAUGGCCUUUGUUUCUUCAAUCAAAAAUAUUGGCCUUGCCUGUCCAGAGCAGAACGGUUUCCAUUCAAUAGCUGACCAUUCUUCAUUUAGUUCCAAACUUUUAAUAUUAAGGAGAUCUGGAUGGUUUCCAAGAAAGAAAUGUUCCUCUGUGGUUGUCAAAGCUGCCAUUGCACCAGAAAUUGAUUUUAGUGAUCCUGAUUGGAAAAAGCAUUUCCAAGAAGAUUUUGAGAAUCGAUUCAAUCUGCCGCAUCUAAGAGAUGUUUUUGACAUAAAGCCAAGGCCAACUACAUUCUCUCUCCACAACGGAGGCUCUCAAAUAUUGAGCAAUAUUGAUGCACCUGAAGAUAGGAAAAGUGGAUAUGUGAAUGAUGAUGAUAGGGCACUAUUAAAGGUUAUCAAAUAUUCUUCACCAACUUCUGCUGGAGCAGAGUGCAUAGAUCCUGAUUGCAGUUGGGUAGAGCAAUGGGUUCAUCGUGCUGGACCACGAAAGCAGAUAUACUUUGAUCCUGAGAAAGUAAAGGCUGGACUUGUCACUUGUGGAGGGCUCUGUCCUGGUCUUAAUGAUGUUAUUAGACAGAUAGUUUUUACUCUUGAAUUGUAUGGCGUUAAGAGGAUAGUAGGGAUCCCAUUUGGUUAUCGUGGAUUUUUUGAUCAGGGCUUACCUGAAAUACCGAUUUCCCGCCAAGUAGUUCAAAACAUUAAUCUAGCUGGUGGAAGUUUAUUGGGAGUAUCUCGUGGGGGUGCUAAUGUCUGUGAUAUUGUGGAUAGCAUACAGACCAGAGGAAUUGACAUGCUUUUCAUACUUGGUGGGAAUGGAACUCAUGCAGGAGCAAAUGCAAUACACAAUGAGUGCCGCAAGAGAAAGAUGAAAGUAUCUGUUGUUUGUGUCCCAAAAACAAUUGAUAAUGAUAUACUUCUUAUGGAUAAGACAUUUGGAUUUGAUACUGCAGUAGAAGAAGCUCAACGGGCAAUAAAUUCUGCAUAUAUUGAGGCACAUAGUGCAUAUCAUGGCAUUGGCCUGGUAAAAUUGAUGGGAAGAAGCAGUGGUUUUAUAGCCAUGCACGCAUCACUUUCUAGUGGGCAGAUCGAUGUUUGUUUGAUUCCUGAGAUACCAUUUAAUUUAGAUGGACCUUAUGGUGUAUUGCGACAUUUAGAGCAUCUGAUACAAACUAAAGGGUCUGCAGUGGUUUGUGUGGCUGAAGGAGCAGGACAAGACUUGCUAGAGAAGUCAAAUGCAACAGAUGCAUCUGGAAAUGUGGUACUUGGAGAUAUUGGGGUCUACAUCCAACAGCGAAUCAAAAGACAUUUCAAGGAGAUAGGAGUUCCAUCUGAUGUUAAAUACAUCGAUCCUACUUAUAUGAUCCGAGCAUGUCGAGCAAAUGCUUCUGAUGCUAUACUCUGUACUGUCCUUGGCCAGAAUGCAGUUCAUGGUGCAUUCGCUGGAUACAGUGGCAUCACAGUUGGAAUAUGUAAUACUCACUAUGUGUACCUACCAAUACCUGAAGUCAUAGCAUCUCCAAGGACUGUGGACCCCAACAGUCGGAUGUGGCAUCGAUGUCUGACUUCCACCGGUCAACCUGAUUUCCUAUAGCCUGGAAAAUAUAUUCUGAUUUCAACUGCGGACAACCAUUCGGAACAAACCUUUGUUUGCCCAGUUACUCUUUUUCCUAAUAGAUAUUUCUUGCCGAUAUGUCAAGAUAUAUAUUGGGCUGAGGUGGAGAUGAGAAAUAACAAUUUUGUUGUAUUAUUUCUGAAGAGCAUGUUGAGUGCAUAAAAUUUGUGGAAUGUAGGACAAGAAUUAACUUGAAAGGCAGGGCAUUCCUGCACUAAAUGUAAACCUCUUAAGUUCGGUAAUCCAUACGUUGAAUAUGAUCUCUUUGAACAGUCUAAUACAUGAUCGACCUGGGUUCUUUCUACUUUCA